CAAUCUUUCCUUUAAAAAGGCACUCAUUCCUAGCUUUCCAAAUUGACCACAUAACUGCUAAGGGAACAGCUUUCCACAUUGUUUGAAUCACCUUUUUGAACUUGAAACCUGCCCACCAGUACAAUAAAACUUCAACUGAUCCCGGCAACACCCAAACCAAAUCCCACCACUUCAACAUAUCAGUCCACACAUUCCAUACCAGAGGAUAGAACAGUAAUACAUGGUUCACUGUCUCCUCCCCUGCUUUGCACAAUAAGGACAACGAACUAGCUUCCAGAUUCAACACACCAAUCCUCUUCAAAAAAGUUGAAGUUUUAAGUCUAACCAUCCACAGAAUUUCACCUUGGGUGGGGCAACCUAAUUGGACUAAGAAUUAGCAGUGUUUCAUUUCAUGGAGUUAUCACAGCAAAACACGAAGAACAAUGCAAAGUGUACUAGUAAUACUAAAACUAAUACCAGUUCAGCGAUGAAGGUGAAAAGAACACGAAAAACUAUCCCAAGAGACUCCCCUCCUCAACGUAGCUCAAUUUACCGAGGAGUUACAAGGCAUCGAUGGACAGGAAGGUAUGAAGCUCAUUUGUGGGACAAGAAUUGCUGGAAUGAAUCACAAAACAAGAAAGGAAGACAAGUCUAUCUUGGUGCCUAUGAUGAUGAAGAAGCUGCUGCUCAUGCUUAUGAUUUGGCAGCAUUGAAAUAUUGGGGUCCAGAAACCAUUCUCAACUUUCCCUUACCAACUUACCAAAAACAACUGAUAGAAAUGGAGGGUAUAUCCAGAGAAGAAUUUAUUGGAUCACUGAGAAGGAAAAGUAGUGGCUUUUCUCGAGGAGUGUCAAAAUACAGAGGAGUUGCAAGACAUCAUCAUAAUGGAAGAUGGGAAGCUAGGAUUGGCAGAGUUUUUGGCAACAAAUACCUCUAUCUUGGGACAUAUGCUACGCAAGAAGAGGCUGCAAUCGCAUAUGAUAUGGCGGCCAUUGAAUACCGGGGACAUAACGCAGUUACCAACUUUGAUCUGAGCGGUUACAUAACAUGGCUAAGACCUAAGAACAACAAUACCAAUCAACCUAAAGUCUCUAAUGUUGAAACUAACUUAACUACUACUCACACCACUAAUUAUGAACUCGGAUCAAACUUCCAACACGAACAGACCACUACCGCAAUCACCUGUAGCAGCAGCGAUGUGGCUCCAACUCAGUCCCGGCCAGCCACAGCCGCCGCGUCAGCCCUAGGACUUCUACUUCAAUCAUCGAAAUUUAAGGAAAUGAUGGAGAUGACAUCAGCGACUGACGAGUACUACUGCCCGUCUACCCCUCAGGAGGAGGAGGAGGAGGAGUCUUCAGACCCACCACCACAGUCACAGUGCAGCUUCCCUAGUGACAUACAGACUUACUUCGACUCACAAUCACACGAGGACUUUGGUGUUUAUGGUGAUGAUGGACAUGAUGUUAUCUUCGGCGAGCUCGAGCUCGAGCUCAAUUCCUUCAUAUUUGAUGCUUAGAGAAAGCAACCAGUCUGGUCACUCUGGUGUGUUGCAUUGCAUGCAUGGUGGAAGAUUCUCUCCCUCUCCCUCUCCCUCUCCCUCUCCCUCCCUCUGUCUCUGUCUCUCAUUAAUUCAUUAAUUAAUUUUUUGUACAAUUUUACAAUAUUGGUUAUUUGUGAGUAGGAAUCAAUUAUGAUAGGAUGCAAAUUAGAUUCUUUUCAGAAGUGAAUUCAAGCUGUUGAUCAUGCUGAGGGAGAGGUUCGCUAGUUAUAAAUUAUUAACACGAAAAUAAAGGUUGAAGGUGACAUUUGUUUAUCA